GCAGAGUCGAUCCCGAGGGGGAGAGGAGCGCCAUGGCGCAGCCCGAGGGCGCCGAUGGGAGCGACCAGGUCGAGCAGGUGAAGGUGUACGAGAACUCUUACCGCAUGGAGCCCAACAACCGGUACAGCGCGGAGGUCGUCGACAAGAUCAUCUUCGAGGUGAUGAACCUGCAGCUCGAGGACUUUGUCUACGACCCCGAGGUCCACAACGGGGCGAACCUGUGCUCCGACAUCGCCGCCGAGAUCAGGAAGAGGAUCCUGAAGAAGAAAUUCGACAGGUACAAAGUGGUCGUCGGCGUGUCCAUUGUCGAGAGACAGAGCCAGACUUUCGAAAGCGUCCUGGGGUUCCUCUGGGACGUCUCCAGGGAUAACUACUCGACCUACACCUACACCUCCAAGACCUUCAGCGCGACCUGCUUCGUGGUUGGCGCCUACUACGAAUGA